AGACCUGCCCGGCCUCUUCCCUCUCUAGUUGAUUUUAGUGUCUCUUUAUCUCUCCUCGCCUUUUAUUGUUGUAUAUUUCGGUGAACGGGACAGCUCCUCCUUAACGCCGCGCAAUGCCCAGCGCAGAAGACUUUUUGGCCAGGUGGCGACUUAUCUCCAGUGAAGGCUUUGAUGAGUACAUGAAAGAAUUGGGUGUGAAUAUGGCUAUGAGAAAGAUGGGAAGCAUGGCCAAGCCAGAUAUUAUCAUCAGCAAGGAGGGAGAUACAAUUAAAGUGAAAACAGAAAGCACUUUUAAAACACACGAAUUCAGCUUCAAAUUGGGAGAGAAGUUUGAAGAAAAUACCAUCGAUGGUCGAAAAACUCAGACCCUUAUCACCUUAGAUGACGAUAAUACAUUGACCCAACACCAAGAGUGGGACGGCAAAGAGACCACAAUAACAAGAAAACUAAUAAAUGGGCAAAUGGUUGUGGAAUGUGUGAUGAACGGUGUCAAAUGUACUCGAAUCUAUCAGAAAGCAUGAAGACACUGGCUUCCAUUUUGGACUGAGUGCAGUGAGAUGCUGUGUGAUUCCCGGAAUAAAGCUAGUUAAGUUCUAUAUUUCUCUUCUCCACCUUCCUUUUCUUAAGUAUCUUGGAUGAGUCAGUACUGUAUACAUUUAAAUUUCAAUGCCUUGAUGUAACUAUUGAAGUAUUAAAUUUAAAUUUUCAAGUAGA